AUGGCCGACACCCAGAUGGAAUACACCCGACUCGGGAACUCGGGAUUGAAGAUCUCCAAGAUCAUCCUGGGCGCCAUGUCCUUCGGCAGCAAGCAAUGGCAAGAGUGGGUGCUGGACGAGGAGGAAUCAUUGCCGCUGAUCGAGCACGCCUACAAGCGGGGGAUCAACACAUGGGACACGGCAGAUGUCUACUCCCACGGCAGAUCGGAGGAAAUUAUCGGCAAAGCCCUGAAAAAGUACAACAUCCCACGCAACCGCGUGGUGAUCUUGAGCAAGUGCUUUUUCGGCAUCGACGACGAGGGGAAUUUCCCUGCGAUCUCGGCGACUUCACGCAAUGACGGCGCCUUUGUCAACCGCGUCGGCCUUUCGCGCAAGCACAUCUUCGACGCCGUCGACGCCAGCGUGCAGCGACUGGGCACGUACAUCGACGUGCUGCAGAUCCACCGACUGGACCGGGAGACGCCGCGUGAAGAGAUUAUGAAGGCGCUGAAUGAUUUGGUCGAGAGCGGCAAAGUGCGGUACAUUGGAGCCAGCUCGAUGGCUGCAUGGGAGUUCCAAUCCCUCCAGAAUAUCGCCGCCAAGAAUGGCUGGCACCGCUUCAUCUCCAUGCAAAACUACCACAACCUCAUCGCACGCGAGGAAGAGCGCGAGAUGAUCCCCUACUGCCAGGACAGCGGCGUCGGACUGAUCCCGUGGUCGCCGAUCGCACGCGGUGCGCUGGCUCGCCCGUGGGGCUCGCGCUCCACUGUGCGCGAGAACACGGAUGGCGCGCUCAAGUUUCUCGUGCGCAGCCGCGAGACCGAGGCCGACAAGGCGAUUGUCGAUCGCGUUGAGGAGCUUGCGAAGAAGAAGGGCGUGGCCAUGGCGCAGGUUGCGCUGGCUUGGACGCUGAGCCACCCGAAUGAGUGCCCGAUUGUUGGACUGAAUAGCGCGGCUCGCAUCGAUGAGACGGUUGCUAGUUUGAAGGUUAAGUUGUCGGCUGAGGAGAUUCGGUACUUGGAGGAACCGUAUGUGCCCAAGGCUGUUACUGCGCUGGAGCGGUAG